AUUUCUGAUCUUGGAAUGAUGCACUACUUUUUGGGUAUUGAAGCGGUUCAAUCCAAUGCUGAAAUAUUUCUCUGUCAAAAAAAAUAUGUGUUGGAUGUCUUAGACAGGUUCCAGAUGAAGCAUUGCAAUGUUGUCAACACACCAGUUGAGGUUAGUUUGCAAUUGUCAAAAGAUUCAGGAGGAAAAGAGGUGGACAACAUUUUUUACAAAAGAAUCGUGGGCAGUUUAAUGUACUUGACAACCACACAAUCAGACAUAAUUCAUGUUGUUUCUUUAAUCAGUAGAUAUAUAGAACGUCCAAGGCAGACACAUCUUCUUACUGCUAAAAGAAUUCUCAGGUACCUUCAAGGUACUAAGAAUUUUGGUUUGUUCUAUAAGAAAGGAGAAAGGACAGAUCUGUGUGGGUUUAGUGAUAGUGAUUAUGCAAGAGAUGUGGAUGAUCGAAAGAGUAUUACGAGAUUGUUUGCUGGGAAUUUCGACCAGGAUAAUAAAGGAAUCAUUCAUUUAAAUUUUCACAAGAUGGCUUGA